AGCGCAUUAUAAUAAAUCAGAAACCUGGAUGAUUAAUCCAAUGGUCGAUGAUUUGAUGAACGCCACUCAAACUUUGGUUGACACCAUCAGAUCACCCCUCUAGAGAGCAUACUAUUUGGAAAUUUUGGAGCAGUAUUUGGUUUUGACUGAGCUGGGCAAUGGCAUUUGGUCAUAGCUUAAGCUGGCAGACAGCAUUCAUUUCUUCGAAAACCCAAUUCAGAAAAGCUUCAAAUUCAAAGCUUUCUGUCUUAUCCUCUUCUGCUUUCGGAGUAACAAAAAGGGUCUCUUCCUCUGUUCGUGCUAUGGGUUCCUCUGCUUCUUCACAGAGACCAGAUAACAUUCAAGAGGCAGGAAAGGUUGAUUAUGCUUCUGUAAGUGAUGAUGAAUGGAAAAAGAGGCUUUCAGUUGAGCAAUUUCACAUAACACGUCAAAAGGGAACCGAAAGGGCUUUCAAAGGGGAAUACUGGAACACUAAAACCCCUGGAACUUACCACUGCAUAUGUUGUGAUACACCUCUAUUUGAGUCAUCCUCUAAAUUUGACAGUGGAACGGGUUGGCCAUCUUACUAUCAGCCAAUAGGAAGCAAUGUGAAAUCAAAUUUAGACUUGUCAAUUAUUUUCAUGCCUCGUCAAGAAGUUCUUUGUGCAGCUUGUGAUGCUCAUUUAGGCCAUGUCUUUGACGAUGGUCCGGCACCCACUGGAAAACGCUACUGUAUCAACAGUGCUUCCUUGAAGCUGAAACCUAAGUGAGAGACCUACGGGCCAUGAAAGUGUCUGUCAAAGUUGAGAUAAGGUGAAGCACUUGUUUUCUUGUGUAUCUUGUGUACAUGUCAUGAUCCAUGUAUUCUUGUGUAAAGAUCAUGUCCUCUUGGAUCUCAAUAAAUAAGUACAUGUCUUUACGUA